AUUCCUAAAUUCAUCCCAUAUUUCAAUAUAACAGUAUAAACACAGAGACAGAAAGAUGACUGAUCAACUAAACAAUGGUUUAUCUAAUUUAUGGUUGGAGCCUUUUAAAGGUUUCUCAACUGCUGCAACUCAUGCUGGACAAGAGCCAGAACAAUGGAAUUCAAGAAUGGUCGUUCCUGCAAUUACUCCAUCAACCACCUUUAAACAGUUUAGUCCCGGCGAACAUACUGGUUAUGAAUACAGUAGAAGUGGUAAUCCAACAAGAACAUGUCUGGAGAAAUGUGUUGCCGCAUUGGAAGGAGGAAAGCAUGCUCUGGCAUUUUCCAGCGGACUUGCUGCAACUCAAAUAGUAAUAAACUUAUUGAAAUCUGGGGAUCAUGUCAUCACAACUGACGAUGUUUAUGGAGGAACAAACAGGUAUUUUCAGAAAAUUGCUUCAAAGUUUGGACUGGAGUUUUCAUUUGUGGAUUUUACUAAUAUAGAAAAUGUUAAGAAUGCAAUGAAGCCUAACACUAAGAUUGUCUGGUGUGAAACGCCAACAAAUCCAACAAUGAAGGUCACUGAUAUAAGAAAAGUUGCAGAAAUCACUAAGCAACAAAAUGAUUGCCUCCUUGUUGUGGACAACACAUUCAUGUCGUCUUAUUUCCAAAGGCCGCUUUCACUUGGGGCGGAUAUUAGUAUGCAUUCUGCUACAAAAUAUAUGAAUGGCCAUAGUGAUGUUGUAAUGGGUCUUCUCAUCGUGAACGACGAUGCUCUGAGAGAUAGACUUUAUUUUCUUCAAUAUGCAACUGGUCCAACACCAUCUGCUUUUGAUUGUUAUUUGGUAAAUAGAGGACUUAAAACUUUGGCACUUCGUAUGGAGAAACAUCAAGAAAAUGCAAUCGCAAUUGCGAAAUAUCUUGAAAAGCAUCCUCUUGUUGAAAAAGUUAAAUAUCCAGGACUACCAUCACAUCCUCAACACGAAAUCAUGAAAAAACAGGCGACCGGGUGCUCUGGUAUGGUAUCCUUUUGGAUGAAAACCGAUUUGGAACAAUCGAAAAAUUUCUUCAAAAACUUGAAAAUUUUUAUACUCGCUGAAAGCCUCGGGGGAUACGAGAGUUUAGCAGAACACCCAGCAAUAAUGACUCACGCAUCUGUCCCACCAGAACAACGUAAACUUCUAGGCAUCGGAGACAAUUUCGUUCGUUUAUCCGUCGGUAUUGAAGAUGUCGAAGAUCUCCAAGCUGAUUUGGAUCAAGCAUUGAAAGCAGCGGUUGCCGGUUAUAAAUAAAUAGGGUUAUCGAAAUCGAAGGUACCUCACCAAGCUGAAUUUUCAAGAUUACUGACUUCACCUACAGAUUCUCCUGCUCUAUACUUUGUAAUUAUUGAUCCAACUCUUAAUAUACCACAUUUACGUAAUAUAAUUGGUAAGAAGUAGGUAAUAAGAAAAGUAGAAAAACCUCGCAUUAAAUUCUAUUUCAUGCUUUCGCUUUUUAGAUCCAGUUUAACCAAUUAUUGACUUGUUUCAAUUUAUUUAUAGCUAUUAUGUAUGGAAUUAAUAUGUUUGAACUUGCUUCUGUUACCGGUUUGCAUUUGCCCCACGAAUGCCACCUUUCAUUUCCUAAAUUUUUUGCUUUUUGGUGUAACAAAAUCUUGUACGCGGUAUAUCAUUGCGCAUCGCUAUAUUAACAUUAAACAUCGCCAGUUCUCUGUGAUCUGUAGUAUUAUAAAGUUCAUCUAAAUGAGAUCAAAUACAAUUUAGGUCGAAACUUGUAAACAAGGUUGUUCGAUUGAAUAGGGCAUUGAAAGUUAGCUUCUUUAUCAAAUGCACUUUUGACAAAUUUUGAUCGACAAUACAUUAGACGGGACAAAACUGAAAAUUCCCCUGUUUCAUUUGUAUUUGAAGACUUUGCACUAUGGAUAUAUAAAGAUUGUAGUAUUGUUUUCGUAAAGAACAAGUAUUACCAUUUACGAGACGGAACGUGUCAGAAGAAACCUAUACAAAACAAAAAUAACAGACAUGCAUCCAUAUAUAUCACGUUGUCGACGAAUCCCCCAUAUUUCUGUUGAUUUUACUUUUGAUGGUUCAUAAUUGAGUUAUUAUUGCGUUUUCUGGUCCUCUAUAAGAGGGGCAUUAAAGACUAGGGGCGACGUUGGUUGCACUACUGUAAACGUAAGAUUUGUCCAAAUUGGCAAUGGAAAUAUUUUUCCAUAUUUUCUUCAUUUUGUAUUUAAAAAUAUCAAUAUACCAAUUUACCAUUGCCCACAAAUGUUUUUGGUAUUUAAUAAUCGGUUUUGUGCAGAGAUUAUCACUGAUUGACUUAUUUAUCAGAUUUAUAUUGCACACAUCAUUCCAUUUAAAGUUCUAUACAUGUUAAUAUAUAAAUAUAUGUAUUGCUUUUUUUUCUAUAAUGUAAUAAUACGUGCUUUCUAUUCAAAGUUUUCCAUCGGCGCAAUUGAUACUUAUUAGAAGUCCACAUAUCAAACAUCGCACUUCUGCUUGACCAAAAUUAUCCGGACCUCAACAUUAAUAUACAAUUUGAAAAGAUUUGUAUAUAAUGCAUAUGCCCAACUUUGUUCAGGAUAUCUUGAUUUUUCGUAGUAAUACUUGAUACUAACAUACGAUCAAUUGCAUUCAUCUCUUACCUCUAAAUGUUAAAAAAUUUUCUGCUUUUAAAUGGUAUGUAUGUUUUUUUCGUCAAAUAGCCUGGAACGACAUUUGCAAUCCUAUGUUGCUAUUGCGGGCCUGGGGAUAUAUAGUUACGCAACUCUUGCUCCAGCUCCGUCACUGAGAAAUUUUGAUAACAAAAACUUGUAUGCAAUCGUUCAUUAAUUGUCUUGUGAGAAUGCAUAGUCAACUUCGAUUUUCGCCGGUAAAUUCCGGCGUUACCCCGACAAUUCUAUUCCCCGACUAUUCAAGUAACCACUAUUUGAAAAAUGACUCCCGACUCUAAAAUAUAAUUAAAAUAUAUCCCGAACUCUGAAUCCACAUACCCGUGGACAGCAGAAUAGGGGAACAAAAUCACUUGAACACGAAUAUACACAUUUUUAUAUACACGGUAGUCUGUGUCUGCCUGAUUCUGUGCUUUAUUUCUCUUCAUAUCUCAUAAUUUGAGUCUAGCUCGACUGCACUUACUUGAGGUUUUCUUUGCGGUAUCUCUGAUAUUUAUAAACUGCCGAAUGUUCAGAAUGAUUUAAAUUUUGAACUGCGCUGAAAAACAGAACUGCAUUAUAUUUCUUUGCUUUUAAAUCCGGUGGUGGUAUAAUGUGCCUUUUAUUAUUUUGCUUCGGUUGGUGACCUCCAUAUUUAUCCUCAUAUUUAUCUAGCAAUAAUUAGUAGAUGGUACCUGGAAAUUGAUCUACACCUAGUGGAAUAAAACUACAUAUAUCCUCGAAA